AUGGCGUUCUGGUGGCCGCUGCUGGUGCUCGCCGCCGCCUACGCGCUCUGCCGCGUCCUGCUCUUCCUCAUCCCGCCCACCGUCCCCUCCAUGGAGGUCGACGCCUCCGAUGUGAUGGAGGAGGUCAACCAGAACAAGGAAGACAGCUUCAUCUACGUACCAAGGAAGGGGAAAGCUGCUCAGACUGAUAUGGUUCGAUGCUACGAGCCAGCUACUAUGAAAUACUUGGGAUACUUCCCUGCUUUGACUCCUGAUGAGGUCCAGGAGCACGUUGCACAAGCUCGUAAAGCACAAGAGGUAUGGGCAAAAAGUAGCUUCAAACAAAGGCGGCAGUUUCUCCGUAUCCUUCUGAAGUAUAUACUUGAACAUCAGGAUCUGAUAUGCGAGAUAUCAUCUCGGGACACUGGAAAAACUAUGGUUGACGCUUCAUUAGGCGAGAUAAUGACCACCUGUGAGAAGAUUCAUUGGCUUCUGGAUGAGGGUGAGAAGUGGUUAAAACCUGAGUACAGAUCUUGUGGGAGAUCAAUGCUGCACAAAAGUGCAAAAGUUGAAUUCCACCCUCUUGGGGUUAUUGGUGCAAUUGUAUCAUGGAACUAUCCUUUCCAUAAUGUCUUCAAUCCGAUGUUGGCUGCAGUAUUCUCUGGUAAUGCAGCAGUUAUAAAGGUUUCAGAGCAUGCGAGUUGGUCUGGCUGUUUUUAUUCUCGUAUCAUACAAGCAGCUCUGUUAGCUGUUGGUGCCCCAGAUAAUCUGGUUCACAUAGUAACUGGUUUUGCGGAAACGGGUCAAGCUCUUGUAUCUUCAGUGGACAAAAUAAUAUUUGUUGGAUCACCUGGUGUUGGAAGGAUGAUUAUGCAAAAAGCAUCCGAAACAUUAAUACCUGUAACUCUUGAGCUUGGUGGCAAAGAUGCAUUUAUUGUGUGCGAAGAUGUGGAUUUACCCAAUGUUGUUCAAGUUGCUGUGAGAGCUGCACUGCAAUCUAGUGGACAAAACUGUGCCGGUGCUGAAAGAUUUUAUGUCCACAAGGAUAUCUAUCCUACCUUUGUUUCUCGCGUAGUGAAGAUAAUCAAAUCAAUAUCUGUUGGCCCCCCAUUAUCUGGCAGAUAUGAUAUGGGUGCAAUCUGUAUGAUAGAGCACUCUGAGAGACUUCAGAAUCUUGUUAAUGAUGCUCUUGACAAAGGUGCCGAAAUUGCUGGCAGAGGGAGCUUUGGGAAUUUGGGUGAAGAUGCUGUUGAUCAAUUCUUCCCCCCAACUGUUCUAGUGAAUGUUGAUCACACAAUGAAAAUUAUGCAGGAAGAGGCAUUUGGGCCGAUUCUACCAAUCAUGAAAUUCUCUUCUGACGAAGAGGUCAUCCAACUUGCAAAUGACUCUAAAUAUGGUCUUGGCUGUGCUGUUUUUUCGGGCGACCAGAAGCGUGCCAUCAAAAUAGCAUCUCAACUACACUGUGGUGUUGCAGCAAUCAAUGACUUUGCUUCAAGUUAUAUGUGUCAGUCUUUGCCCUUUGGUGGUGUUAAAGACAGCGGGUUUGGAAGAUUCGCUGGCGUGGAAGGCUUGCGGGCCUGCUGCCUUGUAAAGGCAGUCGUAGAAGACAGGUGGUGGCCAUAUGUGAAAACAAUGAUCCCCAAGCCCAUUCAGUAUCCCGUCUCAGAGAAUGGAUUUGCAUUCCAGCAGCUGCUCGUCGAGACUCUGUAUGGCAUCAGCGUGUGGGACAGGCUGCAGUCGCUCGUGAAUCUGUUAAAGAUGAUCUCGGAGCAGAAGUCUCCUAUAACCAGGAGGAAAAGCCGGUGA